CACCAUCGGUAUUGCACACAACGUCGUGCUUGCAAUGCGCGAACUAAAUUUGGACUUCAUGUCACGCAAAAACGAGAUGAAUGCUGCUCGAAUUAUGAAGCGUUGCUCGGAUGACUCUCUCCACAUUGAUCUCUCAUGGGAAACCGCACAAGCUAUACACGAGCUCUGGCAAGAUACUAGUGUAAUCGAAUUUACGCAGGUAAAGCAUGGAUUCGACUUGGUGCAAGGUGCCGAACAUUUCAUCAGAGACGUCUUGAGAAUAGGCAGCGCAAAUUACACGCCCACUGACGCUGAUAUUUUGAAUUUAAACGCAAUGGGAAUCACGGAUACCACACUUUAUAUGUCGAGCACCAGGAGGUUACGAGUUUUCGAAGUGGACAGCGAUGGACAAUCGCUGAAAUGGCUGCCAUACUUUGACAACGUGACUACGAUCAUGUUCUGUGCCCCUCUAGUGGACUAUGAUCAGCUCCCUGACGGAAAGAAAAAUCGCAUGGCCGAGUCGUUGCAACUUUUUGAGUCUGUCGUCAAUGAUCCGAAUUUUCAUCAGACUUCAGUCGUUCUAUUCUUGACCCGCAUAACUGAUUUUAGGAAGAAAAUAAUAAAGGUGGCCCUGGAGCAAUUCUUUCCUGAAUAUCAGGGUGGCAUGGAUGCCAACAAAGCCGCUAAAUACAUCCUGUGGAAGUACAUGCAAGUCAAUCGCGCCCGGCUGAACAUUUAUCCUCACUUGAUAAACUCAUCAGACAAAGCGAAUCUUCGACUUGUCUUCGCGACUGUCCGAGAGACGAUAUUACAGAAUGCUCUGAAAGCUUCGGCACCACGGUGAUACCUCUUGGCAGCUAACUGCUAACUGGACUACGGACAAAACGCGGAAGACUGUCAUGGUGCUGAUAUCAACGAUUAUAUGACUACAGCGUAGUCCAUAAGUGGAUUCGUUUGGGGGGAAGGAGGGUGGGAGAGAGCAUGUUCUUGGAGGGACUUCAGGAGCGGGCCAGGACCGUUCAACAGAUCCCACCAUCAUUGACACGACGCCUUAAGUACUCUUAUUACCUGCCAGGCGUUUAGCUAACGAGAAUAAACAUAAACAUAAUCUUUAUGAAAAUCAUAGUUGAUCUUGGCAGGGUCAAUGUCAAUACCUAGUGUCAGAUGCUAUUCAGCCCCUUUCUUUAUAUACCCAUCGCUGAAAUAUCAUCUUGCUUACUCUAUGAUUGUCACCCUUCAAUGUAGCAAUACAAAUCACUUAUUUUUGAAUCAG